GGUUCACAGACCAUCUGAUUUUCCAUUAAAGUAUUUUGUUCUGUAAUACAUUUAUAUUAAAAAGUCAAUAUUGCAUCUGCUUGUCAACAAAAUAAAAAUAUACUGUAAAUAUGUAUAAAAUAUAUAUUUUUAAAGAUUGCUUAAUUAAUACUGCUAAUUCACAAAGAAACCCAUGUGAAAAGACAACCUGAAUGUAGGUAUUGAAAUCAAGUUAAUGUGAUGACGUGCCCCCAUGAUUCAUUUACUGACUGCAGGAUGUGACACAUUACAUCACCGUUUCAUGUUUGUGUUUGUGCAUGGUAUCACUUUAAAGUGACAUCACUCAGUCCUUUGCACAAAAUACACACACAUGCGCACACAUAUCCCCAAUCAUUUAUUUGGCUCCAGCUGACCACUGCUGCCCCACUCUGUCAAGGAGAUGAGGAGGGGGGAGGAGACUUAGGCUAAAUUGUGUGUUAGUGUUUUGUGUGUGUGUGUGUGUGUGUGUGAGCGAGAGAGAGAGAGAGAGAGAGAGGGGGUUGGCUUUAGUGUGAUGUGAAUGGAAUAGAACCAGCACAGCACGAGAGGGAGGAGGACAGCACAAAUCAACCUGCCUCUUGACUUGGCGAGCAGAAAAGAGGCACACAAAUUGGGAAGUGUGUGUUAUUGUUUGCUGUUUCUUUAUUUCGGGACAGAGGAAGAGAGCAGCAGACAGGAGGAACUAACUGAAGAGGAGGAGGUGGUGAGCGGGCCGGAGUGUGGAGAUAGAUAGCAGAAAAAUGCUGCCAUGGGGAGAGAAGGGGAGGGAGUCGGCUGAGAGGAAGAGGAUGAAACGAGGCCGGGUGGAGCUGAGCUGAAAUGUUGGAGGCACUGAGGAGUCAGCGGAUGCCAUGUUGGGAAGCGGAACCUAACACCUCCUGGAUCACCACCAAAACUCACAACUCCACACCUGGAUGAACCUCCGCAGUGACACUGUUUUCGCACCAAUCUUCAUCCUUCACACUCCACUGUGUGUUGAAGUGUUUUUAAAAAAGGACUAUAUGUGUUGCCCUCACUGAGUGGGAAGCUUUCCAUCUUCACCUCUGGAUAAUAAUAAACUGGAUCGGAGUCGGCUUCCCAGGCACAAUGCAGUCCGAUGACCUGUUCGUCCGGAAGUUUAGGCGCCAGAAUGUGCGGCCGCCGGUGGCUGCUGUCAACUUUGAUCCCAAACGGGAAGUGGGUGUGGUGGAGUGGCCACCCAGGAGAGAGGGGGACGGGUCAGAUGGAGACAACCUGACCCCGAGUCGAGCGGGUCUGACACUGCGGGCGGUGGGUCGAGGCCACAUCAUGCAGAGGAGUAACAGUGACGUGACUUUAGGAGACUUGGACUCUGGUGGGAAGGUUGGGGGGAAGGCGACUCGGGUGGUCUGUGAUAAGGUGGGCGUGGGGGUUCAGGGGGACUCGGGUGUGCUGCUGCACAGGGAGUAUGGCAGCUUAUCCUCACUGGAGAGACAGACUCAAGUCCAAGAGUUAGGAACUGCGAACCAGGAGCCCCUGAGCCCUAAUGCCCUCCGCUUUAAAGACCCCUUCCUGCUUUUAGGACUGCAAGGAAACCCCCCAGAGCCAGACGGAUUCUUUAGAGGUCUGUCUUCUGCAACUGGGGACUCUCCAAAACCUGCCAAACCUCCCAAGCCUGAAGGACUGAGUAAAAAGUCCAAAUCUGGGCCCCCUCAAAUCCCUCAACCCGGUCCUUAUGACAACAUCGGGGGUGGCGCUUGGGUGAGGAACUUUGCACACUACGACGUCCAGAGCAUCCUUUUUGACCUCACAGAGGCGGCCUCCAACAGAGACAGCAUUGGACGCAAAAAGAAUAUCACCUCGGGGGCCUCCGCUGCCUCCCAAAUGCGACCCCUCUCCCAGGCCACACCUUCCUCACCUGCGCAAGGUGGAGUGGGCAAUGGGGGGGGCGUGGAUGACCCUGAGCAGUCCUUGCUGCUGGACGAAGGUGACGGCAACGACAACGAGCUUCUACUCAGUUGCCCCCACUUCCGAAAUGAAACUGGGGGAGAGGAGCAGGUCGGUCUGGGACGAUUCCCAGCAAAGCGGGGACUGUGGUUGAGCCCGCGGACCCCCAACGACGCGGUGUCGGUCCUGGAGGAGCCCAGAGAGAGCCAUGUCCAGCAGCAGGGAAAAAGCAACUACUUCAUAGAGCAUGCAGAUCUGGGGGCGCAUUACUAUCGUAAAUAUUUCUACAUGAAAGAGCAUCAGAAUUUCUUUGGCAUGGAUGAUCGCCUAGGUCCAGUCGCCAUCAGUUUCCGCAGAGAGGAGAAAGAAGGCACCAGCGGAGCUCAGUACAAUUACAGAAUCAUCUUUCGCACCACAGAGAUGAAGACGCUGCGAGGUUCCAUCUUGGAGGAGUCCGUGCCCUCUGCCGCUCGUCACACAACCCCUCGAGGCCUGUCUCCCAAGAGGCUGCUGGAGUUUAUCAUGCCAGAACUCAACCUGCAUUGCCUUCGCUUGGCCUCCAACUCCCCCAAGGUCCGCGACACCUUGCUGAAGCUGGAUGAACAAGGGCUGAAUUUCCAGCGAAAGGUCGGUGUGAUGUACUGCCGGGCGGGCCAGAGCUCAGAGGAGGACAUGUACAACAACGAGAGCUCAGGGCCGGCGUUUGAGGAGUUUUUGGACUUGCUCGGGGAUCGCGUGAGACUGAAGGGUUGGGAGAAAUACCGAGCUCAGCUGGACAACAAAACCGACUCUACGGGGACACAUUCCCUCUACACGCGCUACCAGGACUAUGAGAUCAUGUUCCACGUGUCCACCAUGCUGCCCUACACAGCCAACAACACUCAACAGUUGCUGAGGAAACGACACAUUGGCAACGACAUUGUGACCAUCGUGUUCCAGGAGCCUGGUGCAUUACCCUUCACUCCAAAGUCUAUCCGCUCUCACUUCCAGCACGUCUUCAUCAUUGUUCAAGUUCAUGAGCCCUGCACUGACAACACCUAUUACAGGGUGGCCGUAACACGCUCUAAAGACAUCCCAUUAUUUGGCCCGCUGUUCCCUAAGGGUGCCCGCUUCCCUCGCUCGCCUGCAUUCAGAGACUUCCUUCUGGCCAAGGCAGUCAAUGCAGAGAAUGCAGCAGAAAAGUCUGAGAAGUUCCGCUCCAUGGCUACCCGCACGCGACAGGAAUACCUGAAGGACCUGGCUGAAAACUAUGUGACUACAACACCCAUUGACUCCUCUACGAAGUUCCCGCUGCUCUCGCUAGGAGGCAAGCGCAAAGACAAGCUGAAGGGAGCCAAGGGGGCGGAGCUGCACAGUGCUGGGGCGCUGGUGUGGGCUGUGAUGGUGGACAGCGCGGAUGAAAGUGAGGAAGAGCACAGGCUUCCUUGUCUGCUGGGUGUCUCAGCCGAGUCGGUGGUGCUCAUUGAAAGGUGCACACGCAGGGUGGUGUUUAAUUGCUCCUGCAGGGAUGUCAUUGGAUGGAAGGCGGUGACCGAAAAGAAAGAAGGAGGACCCUGUUUGGACAUCUUCUAUGAGCGUGGAGAGUCGGUGUUGAUUAGUGUGAUGGAGAACCAGGCUGAGGAUUUGAAAGAGGUGGUGCAGAGGCUUGAGUUGGUUACCCGGGGGUGCGAGGCUCUGGAGGUCACUCCCUUACGUGACGGCGUGGGCCAGCCCGGCUUUUUGAUGAACGAGGAGGGCUUUGUGACAGAGCUGCAGCGAUUCUGCUAUGCAGAGAGCGGUGGCCUCCAGCUGUGGGCUCGUGUGGUUCGCCUGUGCGGGCAUUCCCUGGUCCACCUCAGCACAGAGGAGAGGACCAGGCUGCUCCGCACGGCACACAAGAUUCACAUCACCGUCAUCCCGCCGGACGAGAACGGGAAGCCCCGCAGGAGCUUCUCUGAACUUUACCAGAAAGCAAUCAAGGACGCAGAGUGUAAGCCGGGUGAGGACCAGUCCAGUGAGGCCUGGGUGCUGGAUGAGAGGGAGGAAGAGGAGGAAGAGAAGGGGGAGGAGACGGAGGUGCAUGGUGUCAUCGAGAUGGACAACACAGAAGUCCAGGGGGAGAGUGACGAGGCAGCUGAGCUUCACCGGCAAAGUGAAAGAGAGGACAUGGGCUCGCUCCUGGCACUGCCAAGUUUACCUUUGCUACGGGCCUCUUCUCUGCAGGACCAGAGGUCCGAUGAGGACCAAGAGAGCUCACAGCUUACACGCAGCAUCUCUUUAGAACGACACUCAUCUUACGGAAAUACCUGUGAGGGUCAUGUGUACGGCAACGUGGGCUUAAAGGAGGACCGGCACAUCUAUGAGAACAUAGGAGAGCUUAGAGAUGCCACACCUGAUCUAAUACUGGCAGUCAAACCCAAAGUUCCACUCGAGGACGAACAGUUCAUGGCGGCCGACUUCGAUGAGGACAAAGCUUCGGCGAGCGACUCGUCCAUCUCUUCCUCGCGGUUGUCGUGUGUGGACCGUGCUGAGAGGAAUUCACGAGCCUUAAGUCUUCACAACUCCAUCACCAAGAUUCUCUCAGAGACGACAGAUUCCACGGAAGAAGAGUGGCAGUCCAUCGCUGACCUGGCCACAGCCUGCCGCAGCAUCCUGGAGGCUUUGUCACGCGAGGAUCGUAAAGCUGCAGACCAAUCAGGAGCCGAGCAGACGGACGGCAAGCUGAGCACAAAAGAGAGUGACUCUCCAGGCCACCUGGAAGAAAAGGUGUCACAACUGGAGGCCAUGCUGAAGAAGCUGCAGGAUGACCUGCAAAAGGAGAAGGAGGACAAGGCGGUGCUGCAGGCCGAGGUGCAGAGCCUGCGGCAGAACAACCAGCGGCUGCAAGAGGAAUCGCAGAGCACCGUGGCACGCCUCAUCAAAGUCACCGAGCUGCUGUGCAACGUGAACAAGCCCUGUUAGCGUCCACCUGCCGGCUGCACGCUCCUUCCAGCAACAGAAUGAUGCAAAUUGUGUGCGCCGUCCUCAAACAUAUCCUCCAUGAAGAGUGAAUAGCGAUCCUGCCUGCUGGUGAAGGUGUAUGCAAUUUGACUCCUUUAAACAUAAUGACAUUCCCUAACAAGUCUGCACCUCUGGUUAUUGUUGCCAGAGUGUGUCUCUUGGUGUGUGUGUGUGUGUGUGUGUGUGUUAGCCGCAUGCGUGUGCAUCUCUUACUGUACUUUGCUUCAAAUACUUGACAAGCUGGGUUGAACAGCACUUGCAUAUUAAGUGGCAGUUAAGACAGUGUGUGUACACCCUAUAGCAUGUUUAUCUGAUAAAAUGACCAAAAGUGUACACACACAGUUUGUAGAAUCACAUGCAUACUAAGUGUGUGUGUGUUUAUACUGUAUAUCACCACUUAAAUGUGAAGUAGCGUCGCUAUGCUCUGUCCUGCACAGAUAGUGCGGAAAGUCAUUUAAAAUAGACAAAAUGUUAAAUACAAAGAAAAAGGAGGCCUUUAGGCAACAAUCUUGCUUCUCAGUAGUACUGUAUCCCUUCAUUAAACGAAAAGAGGGGAAGGAAAAUCUAUCAGAGUGAGCCUGUGUAUGUGUGUGCAGGUGUGUGUGUGCGUGCUUGCAGUGAAAAAGGGGCUAUACCUCCCUGAAAAACACACAAUGACAGGAAAAGAACCGCUUCCUUCCAUAACUUUGCUCUAACCUCACUCAAUAUUGUAGCAGCCAUACUGUAGAAGUCCUCCUGCAGGCGUCACGGCAGCUUUUAAAGGUGUCAAAGUCAAACACCUAAAGUGGAAAACAUAAUCUCUAGUCAGAAUAUUGUAGUGAACUGUGUUGUGACCACCGGAGGCGAUACCGUAUGGCUCCUGAGUGGUAGCAGCAAGUGGAUAUCUUCCUAACUUGAUGUGUCUUUUUCUGUGUUUUGCACUUUCUUUGGUUACAUCAGCACUGGACAGAGGCACGCAUUGGAUUUUUAUUUAACCCGCCCAUGCUCUCCGCGCUAUCUUACCUCACCUUUUUUGUGCCCACCGCUAAAGGCACCGCUUUCAAGGUGUGUUUAAAAUGAACAAGUGAUGGACUGCUUCUCCUCAGUGCCAACGAACGCCCAGGCAGCUCUUGAGAGUUCCACCCAAACCAAGACCUUCUUUACGGUGGAUUUCACACAUCCACUUAAGACACUCGAUGCUCAAACUUCCUCUUGUAAUGUUAUUUUAGAGUCACUGUGAAUACUUGGUACCAGCAUAUUAAGAUACAGUAUAUACAGAUGAAAUGAUCAUCUUUAUUAUCAGUGUGUGAAGAUACUCUGUACAGCUCCUGUUAUUUGGGCAGAUGAUGAUGAUCAAUCAGAUAUCUCCUGGACAUGCUGAAGCCUCCAGACUGAACUGUUGGUGUGAGAAGACCUGUUUGCUGUGUCUUGUAUUGUUGUUUAGAUGGUAGGAGGUCGGUCAAGCAUGAGAAUGUGCCAAGCAACUACCCAAACAUCUCCUCUGUGUGUGCGUGUGUGUGUGUGUGUGAGUGUGUGUAACUUAUUUAUCAUGGAAAUGUGGAUUUUCUUGUAGCUGUUGAAACUGGAGGGAAGGUAUUUGGGAACAAAUGUGAAAUAGAGCAGAGCGGAAAGGCGGGAGACAUUGUUUAUUACAGAAAGCCAGCAGUGAUAGAAUCAUAUCUGAAAAGCUUGCUUUCUAGCUUUCAUAAGGUCUUAAAUCACCAUUAGGUACGCCUUAAUGAACGAGAUCCUGGCAGGAUGGUCAAAGUGUGAUUUCUCUUGACUUUGUGCCUACCUGAAAAUGUAAUGUAUGUUAACCCAGCUCACUUUUCUCAACUUUGUCUCAUGGUUGCACUGACUGAGGUUGCCAUGGCAGAUGAACAGAACAUCUGUUGUCUGACCGGAAUGGAGACCUGAGAAGAUGAUAAUGUCUGUUUUUGUUGGUCUCAGCUGAGGCAUUGCAGCUUGAGUUGUAAGUGAAGCAAUCAGACUAAUACAUGGUUUUUAAACCAGAAUUAAAGAGGAUAAA